AUGACAACACUUCAGCCCAGGCCCUCGUACACAGAUGAAGAGCUCCGGAGCCUUUAUCCUGCCGGGCUAGACCUGCAGCUCGUGCAGGUCCUGAUGCGGCACGGCGAGCGCACGCCCGUGUCGUCUCGGUUCCAAAACGCAGGCCUCAGGCCCUUUUGGCCCUACUGCCGAGUUGCCAAGGAGCUGAGGUCCGUCAUCCUAGAGCCGGGCAGUGGCACCCUCUCAACCCUCGAGUGGAGCCGGCGCAUCGAGACGUUUGGGCGCGACGGCGAGCCGCAAGUCGCCGCGGGCCCGCGCGGCGAGCUCGACGCCGUCUGCGACAUGGGUAUGCUCACGGACGAGGGCCGCGCGACGACCUACGCGCUCGGCCAGCGGCUCCGGAGGCUGUACGUGGAGCAGCUGGGGUUCCUGCCCGCGACGGCGGCGGGCGGGGUUGACGACCUGUACCUGCGCUCGACGCCGAUCCCCCGCGCGCUCGAGUCGCUGCAGCAGGCCUUUUCGGCGCUGUACCCGCCGGCCACGAGGCUGCCCGCGCCCGACGGUUCGGCCUUCCGCCCGCCCACCAUCGUCACGCGCACGCCCGGCGACGAGACCCUGUACCCCAACGAAGCCGGCUGUCGGCGUCUGGCCGCCCUGUCGCGCGCUUUUGCCCAGCGUACCGCCGAUCGCUGGAACGACUCGGCCGACAUGGAGUACCUCAACCGGCUGUGGGCCAAGUGGAUGCCCGAGGACAGCCCCCGCGUCGCCGUGGACUCGCGCCCGCGCCUGUCGGGCAUCAUGGACACGGUCAACUCCACGCUGGGCCACGGGCCUGAGACCAGGCUGCCCCGUGAGUUUUACGACAAGAAGGCCAUCGCCAUCACGGAGAAGAUUGGCGUUGAGGAGUGGUUCAGCGGGUACAAGGAGUCGCGUGAGUACCGUGCCCUGGGCGUCGGCAGUCUCAUGGGGGACAUAGUCGGAAGGAUGGUCUCCAGUGUCGAGGGACCAGCCGCCGAAGGGACUGAACGGAAGAACGAGAGCCGCAAGGAUGCUUCCGUCAAGUUUGGCCUCAGCGGCUGUCACGACACCACCCUUGCUGGGAUCUUGGCCAGCUUGGGUGCCUUUGAAACGGACAAGUGGCCCCCAUACACCAGCCAUGUGGCUAUUGAAAUGUUCCGUGAUCCAACCAAGGCAACUGCCGCAGCUGUCUUGCCCACAAGUAACGGCUGGUGGAGCGCAUUUAGCUCCAAGAUCGGCAAGGCGUCCGGGGGCAUUGGGCGAAGAACUAUGGACGAGCUAUCUCCAAGUGAAACAGAAAGGCUUGAUGGUUACUACGUACGCGUACGAUACAAUGAUGAACCUGUGACCAUUCCUGGCUGCCGAAUCCCAGGAAAUCACCUCGAUGGCAAUGAGAGCUUCUGUACUUUGAGAGCUUUCAAGUCCAUAGUAGACAAGUUCACCCCGAGGAACUGGAAGGAGGACUGCCGCCGGAGUACGAACGAUCCUGUGUUCCCCGUCAAACCAGAACCCGCAGGGUUUUAA